AUGAAGAACAUAUAUUUGUUAUAUUCUAUUAUUGAUGUGAGUUAUACAAAGGCACUUAUUGUGACAGAUACACACGGCAGACUUUAUUAUGCUUCUCUUGGGGAUAAGCCUGAAGUUUUGAUUGUGAUAAUGAAGAAAGAUUUCGCUCGCUUCAAGAACUAUGUGCUCCAACCUAUAGUAGGAAAAGCGAAUUCAGAAGUGUCAGAAACGUUAGAGAAGUUUAGGUUAAUGGCUGAAGAUCCGAGAUUAAUCAAUACCAUGCAUAAGCAGAUACCAUAUGAAUUCAUUUUUGGAACAGAAUUGCAACGAAAAGUUUGGAAUCAGCUCAUGAAUACUAAAGCUCUGGAAACAGUAUGCUACUCACAAAUGGCUUCUAAUUUAGGAAUGCCAAAAUCUAGUAGAGUAGUAGGUGCAGCUUGUGGAGCGAACAAGAUUGCUUUAUUUGUACCUUGUCAUCGUGCUUUAACAAAACUGGGUCAAAUAUCAGGUUAUCGCUGGGGAGUACCGUUGAAGCAGAGAUUACUUAAAUUGGAACAAAAACCAUUGCUGAAAGAAUCAAGUUUAAAGGAAAAGUGA